AUGGUCUUCGUGCCAUCCCCAGACCAGGGGGUUAUCGAGACCAUCGGGUGGAGAGGGGGGCGCCUCGAAUUUGAGCAGCGUCGCCUGGUACGGCUUUCUGCGGAGGCUGCUGGCGCCCUCCUCUUCGCUUUCUGUGUGGGGCUUGCUGCGCCUGACGGGAUGUCGCCAGGGGAACUCCGCCACGUCUGUGGCAUCCUCCAACAGCUUCUGAGGGCCUUCGACGGCAAGGGUGUCUUUGCCCGUGACCGUUUGCCCCUGGGUAUCCAGGGAGUGAAGGAGCUCGACUGGACGAAACAGAACGACCAGUUCAGUCCGCUUCGGGAAGAGCACCGCGCCAAAGGAAAAGAGCCAGAGCAUGAGAACCAGUAUCACACAUGGACCGGUCCGAAAGGCAACAAGUACACACUCCACGGCUGCCAUGACGAAGACUUAGUGAUCGUGGAUGAGUCUCUGAAAGAGGCUGGACUUUUCAAACUUGUGUGUCACAGCUUUGAUGUUCCUGGUAUGAGCCAAGUCAAAUCGUCGUGGCAAGUCUUUGCAAAGCUCGAUCACCCGGAGUUUGCGGCUCUCUGUCCUGGGUACACUGAAACUGAAUUCCAAGCGUACGGAACUCUCGUCCUGGCAAGCCUAAAUUUGUUCUCUGAGUGUCGAUCCGCUCACGAGCAACUCUGUCGACUUGGGGAAGGGCGCAUGCUCCAGCAAGAGAUUAGGCGUGGAGAGUUUCUGGGGCUGACGACGAUCGCCUCAGAGACGGUCGCUGAGUCGUCCCACCGCAGUGACGAGAAGAACCUUCCGGCAGGCUGUGACAGUGACUCCUUCGCCGACCCAGAUUCGCAAGUACAAGAAGAGAACACACGCGCACGAUCUUCAUCACAAAUCUCAUCUUCCUCAACACUUGACGCCAUGGACGCGCCGCCAAUUGAAGAGGCGACGGCCAAUAACCAUGAAACCUCAAUGAAGGCAAAGAAGCCAAAAAAGAAGAAGAAGAAGAAGCCAAAGAAGCAGGCAGCCACGCAGUCUUCAACCCCUUCGGAAGGAAGUGAACUACCUCCAGCAGAGCGUGAACCCGGUCUCCCAGUCGACGACAUGCCGAGUUCGAUCGCCCCCAAACUCCCCUUCAUUCCAUCUAGCCUGAAGGUUUCGUCAUCUGCACAGCACCAGGCACAAGCAAAUGAUGGGGCACCGACUUCAGUAGACCAGAAGGUCAGUCACCUUGCAGGCGACAUAGCCAAAAUGAGACUUCCUACUCGUCCGACAAUACCACUGCCGCCCAAACCUCCCCCAAGCGCAGUGUCGCCUGGUGGGCCAUAUAAAGGUUCACAGUACUCCCGAGACAAAGACCUGCGUAAGAACGAAGACAGAACGGCAUUCUCAAAUGUCCCAAACAAGUCCACACUUCAGUCGACUUCUUCCAGCGGGCCGCCUAUGCCUACUCCACCCACCACACGCCAACAAACUCAGGAGGAGAGUUCAGGCACAGGGGCAGCGGCAUCGACACCCGAGAACCUCAGCAAGAAAGAAAUAGCAGAUGCCAGCGAGAAACCAAAUACCGUGGCAGUCUCAAAGCCAUGCGUCGAUAAGAGAGCUUCUGGAAGAGAAACCGACAUACCCUCUUCUGCCAGCAGUCAAGUGGGUCCUCAUCCAUCGAAUGAUGCUCUGGAUGUCAAAUCAGCAACUGGAGAAGUGCAAGGAAAGCAACCUGCGAAAGAUCGAGAUAUUAAUCAGAAGACCGAAGAAGCGCAAGGUAAAGGCCCAGAGGGAGUCCGCAUGGUUGAAAGCAGGAUUAAGAAGGAAGGCGUUACAAAUCCUCAUAGACACAGCCUUGGUCCAUAUGCGACCUCAAACCCCGCCCCUCCUCAGCCCGAGUUCAAAUUCGACGGCUUCCACCCGCUGUUGAAAUGUCCCAAGCCCGAUUGCCGUGCCAUGACAAGCUGCUGGGAUCGCAACGUGGUCAUCUGCCCUGCCUGUGGGACGUCGAGCUUCACCCGCUACUGCAAGAAGCAGCACCUCUACGAUGACAUGCAACGACACUGGGUGUUAGAAUGCCGCCAAAGAAAGAUCACCGGACCAAUUGACCAAGACACAAUCCGCCCUUACCAGAUCCCAAAGCGUCCCUAUGUCAUGGGGCAGAUGCCUAACCUCAUUGAACGCCACAGACAGGCAGUGUACCGUGCCAUGGACGAGGCAGACUACUUCAUCUUUGCGGAUUUGGACGAGAUCGACCCUAGCAUUGCGGAACCUACGCCAGCACAGUGGAACGCGGUUCGUGGAACAGGAAAGCUGGCGGUGCAGGUCAAGUUUGAACUCAAUGAAAGUUUGGGAUGCGAGGCCCGACUAUUCCAAUACCACAUCCAGCGCAUCCUGGCGGUGGGGAGACCUGCUGCUUUAGACAGCUGUAACCGGGCGAUGAUCAUGAUUCGGAACGCGUUGAUCCGGUCUGGCAAUUGGACAGAGGAUGUCCUAACCUAUCUGUGCAUGCAAUUGCCAGGAGAAUGGGGCGGCUACAAGGUGCCGGACUCCUUCUACAACGUAGCCGAGGUGAACGCUAUGUGGAACCUUCAGCGCACGCUGCCUGCGAUAUGA